GCGCUGACCCCGUCGUUGACGUCGCAGCGGAAUUCCAAACUAGCUGUUGUACGAUCUUUCAUUUAGCCACACGAUCUGUUGAAAACGGCGGAAAUAGGCUGGAGGAGAAACUACUGGCCACAAGUGACAUACGCUGUAACCGUACUGUUCAUACUCGUGAUUAAUUGAAUAUCAACUCCCCUGAUCGGACGCGAUUCCAUUCGCCCUCGGUCAAUGUUUACCUGAGUUGGGGGCAUACGCGAUCAGGGACACUCCAUAGUUCGCAGUGUACCAGCAACGGCCCCAUUGACAUUAAAACCGCAUCGCACAUCGUGCCGGGACAUCGUAACUGGAUGUUAUGGCUCUACACGCUCCAUACAGGGCGAACAGUGUGAACAAAUCCUUACCAAUGGCAACGGCGGUGAACCUAGACUACAUUAAAAAAGAAUCAGUCGAGCCGUUGCCACGCGUUGUCAAGGAGAACGAUGCUAACAGUCGGUCCGAGCAUCGGUUGACAGUGAAUACGGAAGGUGGAAAGGGGCAUAGUAUUGGUAGAAAAUUUAGAAAAGCUCACAGAGAUAGAACCUUAUCAUCUGGCUCGUAUUCAUCCACCAUGUCGAACAGAGAAAUGUGCAGGAUUUGCCAUCACAAGACAGACGAUACAGGAGUUGACGUUUUAAUUUACCCAUGUGCGUGCAAAUUUUCUUCCGGAGGAGUACACGCGACGUGUGUUAAUACAUGGGCAUGGGAAAUGAGAUCAAAUGUGUGUGAGAUAUGUCGGCGAAGGUACGACUCUCGAUACGUUCCGUACAUUAAACAGCCGUGCAUCCAAUGGAAGUUUGUACCACGAUACACACGACGACGUACGGUCAUAGCAUUAGUUGUGUUAGCGUUUCUUCUAGCGAUUACAACUAUUACAGCGUACCUUCUAACGGACACAUUACUUAAUAAACCCGACAUCGAAAGUUCGCUACACGCUGUGUGGGCGCUAGUUGCCGCUGCCUCCGUCAGUGGCAUGGGACUAAUUUGUUUUUUAGCCUGGUUUAUUAUGUUCUGCUGCGAGACGGUGAAGGAAUACCGCGAGGAAUCGUCUAAGCAUAAAGAAAGACUGGUGCCGCGAGAACAAUCGGUCCCACCCGUCACUGUCCAACAAGCAUAGACCACGAUGCAACAUCACUGUGAAGCAAGCAUUGACUACGAAGACGCUCCAAGGUUGUAUAAAGGAAGACUGGACAUUAUGAUACAUCAUCAAUACAGACAGGUUCUUUUGAGGAAGUAUCAUUUUUUUCCGCGAGAAUUGUGAUGGGAACAAUCACAGAUAAUACAUUCUUUAAAUAUUAACAUACUGAAAUGAACAUUUACUACUAUGGCAAGUGACCAAUAACUGACGCCAACUCGCAAUUUCAAUGAUUAUAUCCGAUGCUGGUCAUCGAUGGCAGUUAUAGGUGCCCGAAUGUCAAGUUGCUGGUAACGCCUCUUUCUGAUUUCCACUGUGAUUACACAACUGAUCAUAUGCCAUUGUUGAUUCAGCCUACUGUUAUUACUAUUGUUUAAGUACUUGCACGAAAAUUGUCCUUCUAUUAUUGACCCAUGUCCCUGUUCACUGUGCUGCCUUCACCGUUUAAUACAUCAAUUUUACUUGUCUUAUGAUGUUUGUCCUUAUGUUUAAUCCAGCGUGUUACUAACUACCGUACUUAAAAUGUGUGAUUAUAUUUUAGUUUUUUUAUCUGUUUAUUAAUACAAAUGUUUAUCUUCUUUGAAAGACAUUUAGCUUAGUACUGACAGUGUCAAUAAUACGGAGUCAAAGCUGGUCUAGUCUCUCCUGGUUUUAAAUUAAAUUAACAAUCCUUUAGAUAAAACACUACCUGUGAAAUGUUUUAAGCAGAAAAAAAAUCAAUAGAUUUGUGAUUUAAUUAUGUAUCAGGGAAAAUAUUUCUUUUUAUUUGAUUGGUUUCGUUUUCAAUGAAAACUUGUAUUAUACUGCACGAGUUUUAUUGUUCUUUGCUCACCGGUUUUCGAUUCGAGUACCUUUUAAUGACAAAGCGGGUCGUGUGCAUUGUGGCAGAAAUUCGGAUUUGAGCCACUAGACAGCAAAGGUGCCAACGCCAAAUAAUAAUCUGACCAUCCACCUUAUACCCCAGAAUGCAAUGCACUUAUUCUCAUGUUGAAUUAGUAAAACCCGUCAAAUUAUGAAGAUGAUUGGCUGUAAGUAGUCACAUGAUCAACUUGUCUAUACACAUUGCACAGUUUGUAUCGAAUUUUAUGAUAUAAGUUGUGUAAUUUAACAAUAUGCAAAUUAGGAACCAACAAAUUAUCUGUUGGUUCAGUGUUUCACGUUGCUCGCGAGGCCUUGGUAACAUUCAGGCACUCGAUUCUCGCCUGUCAAUCAAGCGUUACUGGUGGCAUUGUGUCUAGCACAAAUCCUUUAACCGGUCAUCAAUAAUUGUGUAGAUGAAUGCAUUGGCCAGUAUUAGUCAAAAAUGACCUCGCAUGACCUACUUGACCUGACACACAGCUGAUUCUCUUUUAAUCUUAUUUAUACCACCCUAAUAUUGUUGUACAUUUCAAAGUUGAUUUUUUUACGUACCAUAGCGAUCAAAGCAGUGAAGACUCUCGCCUUUCUAAAUGCCAUAAACCCAAAUAUAUCAUAUAACAGGGGCAUAUUCAAAAUAAAUUGU